GCGAGGGUUUUUGAGCGAGCUGAGCACGCGGCGCGAAGGCCGAGGGGGUUGUGGCCAACGGCCUUCUCUCUCAGUCAGCCCAUCUGCCUCUUGCUCACCUCCCCCACCUUCCCAUUUCUUCCCCUUUUUGACUCACCCCCCCUUCUCCAUCCCUCGGCCUACAAAUGCGGCGCAACCGCAGGCGCAGCAGCAGCAGUCGGGUACAGUAGGAUACCUCGGUCGCAUCGCGCACAGUAGACACUCAAAUCCGAUUGCCGAGGGUGCGAGGAGGGUUGCAACGGCUAGUUGCGGCGGCUUGAUGGACCAGUCGUACCAUGGCGGCGCCGCCGCCGCCGCCGCCGGUGGAAGCGAUGGCCAAAUUCUCUGGGAUUGGCAAACAGGAGAGCACUGCGAACCUAGCGAUGGAAGUCAUGCAGAUGCUACUAAAUUCUUGUGGGAUUGCCUCAAUCAAGAUGACAAUGAGCUGCUGGGAUUGCUUGGAAAUCGAACCCCACUGAGAGACUGCUGUGAUUUCUUCGCCGACCUUGGUGACAUCACCUGCAAGGAGACCCUGGACCUGGAGGAAUCUCGGGAGUCAAAGCGGCGGCGCAUAUUGGAGUACCCUUCAGAGUCUAGUCAGUCAGAAGUUGCAAGUCAUGAAACUGGUUCUCCUUUUGUCACAUCUGAGGUAGCAGAGGUUUCAUUGCUCUGCACUGAUGAACCAGAGAGCUUAAAUUGUGAUAUGCAGUACACUUCAAAUAAUUUAGAUACGAAUUCAAAUGAAGCACCCUAUGAGCAAGAAGAUAACCAUUUUGAACAUUGCUCUUAUGGAACCCCAGUGUACAUCGAGCCUGAUCAAGUGCCUUGUAGCUGGGAGAGCAUUGCAAAUAUUGAUGAUCAAGCUGGUAUUUCAGGAACAAGCGAGAUUGCACCGUUGACAGAAAGUUUCAUAAUGCAGGAAACUAGGAAGCUUUCUACACUCAAAGUCUCUAAAGGUGCUUCAACAGUUAAGGUGAAGCAAAACUUAACUACAUCAGUAGCAUACCCUUUUACUCUCAUCAAACCAUCUUGGGAGGAAGGUGAUGUUACUCUUCAGGAUAUAAACAAGCGAAUCCAUGCUCCCCCAAAGAAGGCCCCGGAGAUCCUGGGAACUUCAGCUUUCUCUGGCAAGCCAGUGAUCGGCAAGACAAGAAUCAGAACAGAAGGGGGGAGAGGCAGCAUCACAAUUCUAAGGACAAAGGGCUGACCGGUUCUCUGGAAGCCUGAGAAUGCUUUUGAUCCCUUAUUUAUCUGCUACUCUCCAUUUAUCAGAAGUGAGGGGUGCAGCUCCUUGGUAGUCAAUUGUGCAGGCCUGAGAACCUGAGGGUGCCAUUGAUCCACAGCUCCUUGGUGGUCAAUUGUGCAGGCCUGAGAACCUGUGGGUGCCAUUGAUCCACAGUUGAAGGAACAGAGAGGCCUGAGAAACUAUGAUUGCCAUUGAUUCUUUGUAACUUUCCAAUUAUUACUUUUAUUCCUUCCAGUUUUGGUGUUGAAUCACUGUAGAUGCAAACUCUUUCUUCAAAGGUUCAGCAUUCUUCCGGUGUAUUUAUGACAUGUGGCUAAAUGAUAAUAUAUACAAAAAAAAAAAUUAAAGGAGUUAGUGCAUUAAA